CUUUCCUAGGCCAAGUAACAGAAGGUUGAGAAGAACAAGGUACGUUAGUUUGGCUUUUGAGCAUGUCCUAACAAAGAAUAUUUUAAGCUUCUCUUCAAUGGCGGACUUGUCAAGAACUCUCAGGCUUGUCGUCUCUUGUAUCGUCUCUUUCUUUUACUUUUCGACUCUGCCGUCCAUCCAUGCCCUCAAAACAACACCACCAUUUUCCUCCUUCUCCUUCUCCUCACUAUCAACACCAUGGGCUCACCAAAACCUGUUCGCCGGCAGCCUUUCCAGGAACCUUAUGUUCGGACACGUGAGAAUUCAUUUUUCAAUGGUUUAUUAAGAGGUGAUGAUCAGGGGAAUACUAGCAGCCAGAAAAUUUCUCAAUCUACAUCAGAUAUUGGCAAAACAAGACAAAAAUAUGUUCCAGAUAUAUCUGAGAAAUGUAUGGGAUCAUCUCUGGAAGAGUCAAUGUCACCAGAUAUUAUCCUUGAACCAAUUGGACGGUCUUCGUCUGGGAGAUGGUUCAAAGAUGCUAAACCAACUUCAUCAGCAGUCACAAGUACUCGGUCAGAUUUUGCUUUUGAUGUAGAAGAUCAGCAUGAUUCCGUAAAUCAGUCUAUUUCUUCAACCCUUGACACAAAUGAAGUGUAUGAAGCUUUACCUACCCUAUCAAGGCCAAUAAUUGAAAAAACAUAUACUGUAAGUAAAUCAAAAGGAAUUCUAUCGAGUAUUCCACUUCCUCAGUCUGCUGCAUCAUUUUACAAUGGAUUUUCUCCAGAACUGGUAAUUACUGAAGUUUGUGAAAGCACAAGUAGGCUUGAUUUAUAUCUGAAAGCUGGAAAGGCUGAAAUCAAUGCUGGGGUCCCAGGAAGAUUCUUACAUGCUGUAAUGGGCCAAGAUGUCUCUGGUGUUGGAUCUGUUGCUUCAACCAUCAUGUAUGCCUUCUACCUACAUGAAACACAGAAAACUGACGAGUUUUGCACUGUGCCUGUCAUCAAUAUGCAGAGGGACGACCUAAGCUCUAAUGCCGAGCUCAAUUGGUUGCUUGAAUCUUGUCAAAUUGAUCCAACAUCCUUAAUUUUUAUAGAUGAGAUUGACCUGUCAUAUUAUGAUCUAUUUGGGAGUCUUAAGUUAGUUCUAUUAAACAGCCACAAGCUGCCAACUAAACAAGAGGCACUAAAAGAGGCAGUAGUUGAAAUUUUAAAUUGCAAAAAGGGUGAAUCAGGAUAUCCUUGGGUUCAGAAUGUUACCCCAGGAGAGGACUGCUCUUGCUGUACGCUUAUUGCUGAGAAAUUUGCACUGACUUCACCUGAACUUUUGGUUGGGCAAGGACUUAGUAGGCUAUUGUUAGCUGGCAUCCUUAUGGACACUGGAAAUCUAUCCAACUAUUCUUGUUCCUCCCAAGAUAAGUACAUGGCUACCUUGUUAAUCCACGGUGCUGGUCGCUUUGGAUGCAAUGGUCUAUAUCAGAUAUUAAGAUACAAAAUGUAUGAUGUCUCCGAGCUCAAAGUAGUUGAUAUCUUGCGGAAAGAUUUCAAAAGGUGGACCAGAGUAGGAAUAGGUAAGCAAGAGAGUGCUGGUGCGAGAAUGUUCGUUUCACACAUCGGGAUGAGUUCUAUUGGAAUUUCUGUUGCAGACCUUCUUGCUCACGAGGAUACUGCAACUCAAGAAAUAAAAUACUUUCAGCAGUUUGAAAAACUACGGCUUCUCAUGAUUGUAUCUGGCUAUUAUGAUUCGCAAAAGAACUUCAAGAGGGAGAUCCUCGUCUCUGCUGAGUCUGUGGAGCGUAUGAAGAAUCUGCUGUUUUUCUUGAAUUCAAAUGCAACCCAACUGCCUCUCAAAGUUAUCCAUCGGCCAGGUCUUAGAGAGGAGAUGAGAGCAUUUGAAAUUGACAAGCUUACAUCAAGAAAGACCAUUGAGCGCCUCUUGGAAGAAUUUGGAGGAACUCCAAGAAGCUAAGUUAGCUUGGUCUUUUUCUGAUCAUCCCGGUGUUUCAAACAUGGAGGUGGCAUGCUUCUCCUUUACCAUGUGGAUAUCCCUCAUUAAAUGCUCAAGGAAUACGACUAUAUAUAUAUUUAUAUAUAUACACACAUACAGCUCAUAUGAGCGCUUGGAUUGAAAUGCUACUCGAAUGUUUUAACUUUUUUAAAUUCAGAAAGUUUUGAUUAGAGUAUGUAUAUGACGAGAUCAACACAGUUUUAAAUUCAGAAUUUUUUGUUUUUUUUUUUGG